AUGAGUAAUAGUAAUCUUGUAGUGAUUGUUCCAAUACAGAGUUCUACAUGUGACAUAUGUUCAACAUGUUCGUGUUCAGUUCUAAUAAAUGAAGAACUACAAAUUAAUUGCUAUGGAAAACAUUUGAGAAAUAAUGAUAUGCUUAAUUUUGAUUUAUUAACAUUAAAUAAUUAUCAAGUAUUGAACAAGCUUAUUUUAUCAAAAAACAAUAUAGUUAAUUUAUCUAAAAAUUUAUUGAAAAAGUUAAAAUUUUUAAAAAGUUUAGAUUUAUCUGAAAACAAUAUGGAAGAAAUAUAUACAACAAUAUUUAUGGACUUGAAUAACCUUGAAGAUCUAAAUCUUUCUCAGAAUGCAUUAAGAACUUUUGAUGACUCCCUACUGGAAGUACUUCCUGCAUUAUUGACAUUAAACCUUAGUUAUAACAAUAUCAGUUCAAUAGAGCAUAUAAUGAACAAAACUACAACACAGAUCAAUACACUUAAUCUUUCUCACAAUAACAUAUUCAGUUUACCUGAACAGUUCUCUAAAUCAUUAUUACAUCUGCAAUAUUUAGACCUGUCAUUUAAUAGAAUUCAUUCUUUGCAAGAAUGUAAUCUAAUACAUUUAUCUUCUUUAAAAGUAAUUUAUAUAAAUAAUAAUUUUCUUCUUCUACUAAACAUGCAGAUAUUACCAAAGACAUUAGUUGAAUUACAUUCUGGAUAUAAUCAAAUUACAAAAAUGCUAUAUAACACGCAUUAUAUUCAAAUAUUGAAUAUAGAAUACAACAAAAUUUCUGAAAUAGAUACAAAUUUAACAACAGAUAGUUUACAAUAUUUGAAUAUUAGUGGAAACAUGUUAUCGAGUUUCCCAAAUAUGUUGUUUGAAAAUUUGAAAGUUUUAGACAUAUCUAACAAUAAAUUAACUUAUAUUCCUGAAGUGAUGUCUGUUAAAAAUUUCCCAUUACUGAUUCACCUUGAUGUUAGCAAAAAUCCUAUUCAAAACUUAACAAUUCACUCUGAUUUGAAAUUAAAUUUGUUUAUUGUAAAUAAUAUGGAUAUGUUGGAAAUUAUUGAUGAAGAUACAUUAAUAAAUUUAAGAUCACCAUUGAAAGAUUGUAUCAAUCUUAUCAUAUCUAAUAACAAAAUGUUAUCUUUCAUUCAUGAAGAUGCUUUCAAACAUAUGAAUUUAUGUUCAUUAGAUUUGAGCAAUAAUCAACUUUCGUAUGUGGCACAAAAGCUAAUUUUACAUAAUUGUACUUCUGUAACAUGUAGAAUUAAUCUACAAGGAAAUCCAUUUAAAUGUAAUUGUGCCUUACAAUGGAUGCUAAAUGACUUGAUUCCGAAACUUUAUUCUGCUCAUCCUCAUCUAUUAGAUGAUUUGAGGUGUUCUUGGCCUUUACAAAUAUCAGAUAUGAGAAUGGUACAUUGGUAUGGAUGGAAAGAUCAAAUUUUUUGUACUAAUGAAUCAGUUUUUAAUGAAAAUCUUUCAAUGAAUGCUGCUGGUGUAGUAACUCAUGAGAUGAUAAAACUUGAUUCUAGUCCUGGUUUACUAGUUGCUGUAGGAAUAGCUACAACUGUAUUAACAAUUUUGAUAAUAGUGGGCAUUAUAUGGACACAAAGAAUAAUCAUGAAAAAAAGAAGAGUCAAUAGAAAGUUUUAAAAUUCAUUAUUUUUUAAUAUGCA